UUCCAAACUUCUCAUCCCUUCUCUCCUGUCUUCUCUUCUGCUCCAAAACCACAAACAUGGCUCGAGAAGCUCAAAGGCCAUUUCCUUCCAUUAACAUCCUCAUCAUCCUCUUCUUCUUCUUCUCCUUCACCCUCAGUCCAUUUUCACCUCAAGCAGUCUCUGCUUCAGUUUUCAAAAGACUUCAGCUCUUCUCAACAGAAAAAGCUCAGCCCACCUCGACCUCCUCCGUUUUGUCCCUCUCCCUACACCCUUAUUCAUCCAUCAUAAAGCCGCCAAACAACAACUACUCCGACCUCGUACGCUCCCGACUGGCGAGUGACCGAGCCCGAGCCAAGCUCAUCAACUCCAAAAUUGAGCGGGCUCUCUCCACCUUCAACCGCCCUCAUGACGUUAAACCGGACGCCAAGUCCAACCGGAGGACCUGGAAACUACGCUGACUCAAGUUGGAGGAGGGUACUUAGCUCAGGUCGGAGUGGGCCAACCAGUAAAAGAAUUCCUCCUGCUAGCGGAUACGGGUAGCCAAAUCAACUGGCUCCAAUGCCUACCCUGCGAUGGGUGUUCCAGCGUGUCCGGUUCGGUCUUUGACCCAUCUGGGUCUUCAUCUUACAGUCUUUUAUCCUGCACAUCCCAGGAAUGUGCCUCCCUGGGCAGAAACAAAAAUUGCCAAGCUGACCCGUGUAUGUUUAUAACGAGCUACGGAGAUAGAUCCACUGUUGAGGGAGAAUUCGCCACUGAAACGGUGUCGUUUGGAAGUUCAGGUUCGGUUGAUAAAGUAGCCAUCGGGUGCGGCCAUAAUCAACGAGGGGGGGCGUCUGGGAUACUUGGUCUUGGGGGCACUCCUGUAAGCUUUCCUUCUCAAAUUCAAGCGACGUCCUUCUCCUACUGUCUCGUGGAUAGAGACUCGGGCAAGUCCUCGACUCUUGAGUUUAACUCAGCUCCACCUGGUGACUCAGUCCUCGUUCCCUUGAUAAUCAAUCGAAGAAUUGAGGUUUUUUACUACGUGGAGCUCACGGGGAUUACCAUUAAUGGAGAACAAGUACCCAUUCCCGCAUCAGCUUACCAAAUAGGCCAAGAUGGAAGUGGGGGAAUUGUAGUUGACUCGGGCACCACCAUAACGGCGUUGCCAGAUGAGGUUUAUAACUCGGUCCGUGAUACGUUUGUUAAGUACGCUAAAGCCUUGACUCGCACGAGCGGCUACGAUGGUGGUCUAGUUAAAUUUGACACUUGCUAUGAUCUAUCGUCAAACCCCACAGAUGGCUAUCCAACGAUGUCGCUUGAUUUCUCUGGGGGCAAAACGCUGCCGUUGAGGCCUGCAAAUUACUGGUUUCGUGUUGGUGAUAGUGCCAAGAAUUGUUUGGCUUUUACUGUCACUACGCAAUCUGUCUCAAUACUUGGGAAUAUACAGCAGCAAGGGAUGAGGGUUAAUUACGACCUUGCCAAUAAGAUGAUUGGUUUUAGUCCGAAUCAAUGUUAGAGCACUCCCUCCCUCCAGUGCUACUACUAGAAUAUAUACAGUUGAUUUCAACCUAAAUAAAUGUUGUUCUUCAUAUAUAUAAAUAUAUGCUAAAUGUUUUCAUAGUUAUGAUAUUUUGAGGAUCUCAUCGUCUA